GAAAAACUCGAGAGGAAAAUUUAACCAUGAUUUAACAUUGCAGUGAGCAGUGGGCAGUGGCUACACAGUUAUGCUAUUACUACUAAUUACUCUGUUUUAGUGCUUACUUGUGUGUUACAGUUUAGAAAAUAAUGCAUUAGCAGUUAAAAAUAAUCAAAUACCUCAGGCCCAGUACUAGAGCAACUAUCGAAUCGCGUGCUAUCCGGGUGUGGCGCUAUACCUGAUAGGCUGUCAUGUAAAUUUGACAACAAACCUUAAAAAAAAAUACUGCAGUUAUAAUGUAUCUCCUUAUUGCUGGAUUGCUAGUAUUUUUACAUGCAGCACAAUUGUUUUCUCCAAUCCAAGCAAUACAAGGAGAUUAUGUUGGGUGCUAUCAAUAUCAGGAGAUAAACAACGGUCAAAAUUCUAUGAAUUUUAUGAUAAAUAACCCAGCUGCAGCAGAUUCUCCUACAAGCUGUCUAUCCCAGUGCAGGCAUCUUCAGUACAAAUAUUCAGGAAUUCAUGAUGGGAAGCAGUGUCUAUGUACAAGUUCACUAGGUGCCCAAUCUAUCAAUGAUACUUGCCCUUUGACUUGUAUAUCAGAUAAUUCAAAAUUAUGUGGAGGUCCAAGCUCAAUGAGUGUUUAUGAAACCGGAUUCAUAGUGUCUGGGCCACCUAAAUCUUUAUCACAGCUGAGUAAGCAUGAAAAUACAAUGAAAAUUACUUGGGAGCAUCCAGUCAUUUCCAAUGGAAUUAUCCUGGAAUAUCAUGUUGCUGCUACUCCAGUGUCUUCAUAUUCAGUUAGUACAGUAGGUCUCCCAAUGGAUUGGGUUUUCUCAAACGUAACAACAACAACAGAACUACCAGGACUUCAGCCUGGUACUCAGUAUAAUAUUACUGUUAAAGCUAAAACCAUGGAUGGAUAUGGUGUGCCAUUAUCAAAUAUUUUCAAUACUGAAAUUGGAGCCCCAGAUAAACCAGAGCGUCCUGUGGUGAUCAAAUCAGCUAAUAACACGGCCACAAUCCAACUGAAACCGAUCUUACCCAGUCACGGACCCAUAACAUCCUACAGAAUCAUAGUUUUAAACGAAGAUGCUGCCUCCAUAGGUGUACACAAAGAUAGCCCGUUAAAAAACUGGGCAGAAGCAAAAGCAGAAAAUAUACCGUUUUACAUUGCUGCCGAAUUAAGCCCGGAGUUUUUUAAGCAAGAGUUUGUGGUCGGAGAUGGUGGAAACUAUGGUGGAACUUUCAACAAUCCUCCAUUACCUGAUGAUCGAGAAGUACUUUUCGUUUUAGGGGUUGUAUCUACAUACGAAGGUGUAUCUAAAUACUCCUUUUCCGAACCGAGUAAUCCUAUAGGAGUUGACGCUCCUGAAGUUGGGCCAAAGUUUGUCGAAGCCGUUGCCGAAACUCAACCUCCCAGCCAGCAAACACCUUUAGUAGUUGUGGAAGAAGAUCCUGGCACUAACGGCAAUAGCUUCACUAAAUUACUGGAAGAAACAGAUUUGAUUGACAAAAUUCCUAUUCGGAAAACUAAACCCAUAACCAGUGGUCGAAGCACAACUCGCCGACAGCGACUUCCGUAUGGAAGAGAUCCUCCCGCUUUAGUCGUUGGCUUGUCCGCUGCCAUCGGCGUUUUAGGCUUUUUACUUCUUAUUUCCAUCUUUGUCUAUUUUUAUUUGCGUCAUAAAGUUCAUCGCAACGACUUAAAUCGCCGCAAAUGCUCGAGAAAACAAUCAGACAGACAGGGUCUGACUCACGGAGGUUCUACCUCGACAAUUGAAUUGGAUAGUGGCUACGUGCACUCUUCGUUUGUGAUGGGAAUUGAAGAGACUGCUGUCGAUCAUUACGAAUCAUUAAUUCAACGUAUGUGGACAAUUCCAUCCGAAAAUAUUGUUAAAACCGCAGAUUCGAUUGGAUCUGGAAAGUUUGGCAAAGUAUUAAAAGGCAACAUUCAACGAGGCGAAUCUAAAAUUGAAGCGGCUUUGCACAUCAUUGAAGACAAGUCUUUGGCAAAAGGAGAAAGAAAUUCCAUGUUAAAAGAUCUUGGAGUCCUGAUUAAGGUUGGGCAACAUGCUAAUAUAGCAGGUAUUAUUGGCGUAUGUGAAGAACCAGAAAUGAUGUUGGUCGCUACGGAAUUUUAUGGGAUGAAUUUAAAGGAAUUUUUAUUAAAUAGUCGCGCAUUGAACAACUACCCUUCUUAUGCCACUAAAGAACAAAGAUUCUCAACCUUACACGAAGCUCAAGCCAUAGACGUAGGUCUUGGUAUCACCAAGGGAAUGGCUUAUUUGCAAUCAUUAUCGGUACCUCACAAAAGGCUAUCUUCUAGAACGAUUUUCAUAUGCAGCACCGACGGAACUGUUCCUAAGAUCUCGGGGUUCGGAAUGGACUAUUAUCAACCAAACAAUGGACAGAGCACCGAUUUUAAACGCUGGAUUGCUCCUGAAGCGUUGACGAGUCCUCAGCAUGCACCCAAAUGUGAAGUUUGGUCAUUUGGCAUCAUCCUCUGGGAAAUUGUUACCCUUGGUGCAACCCCUUAUGUCGACAUUCGGGUCAGUAAGGAGUUGAUUCAGCGUGUCCAACGUGGGCUGCGGUUGAAACAGCCUGGUAAUAUCGGACUUCCUCUUUAUCAAAUCAUGGUUAGCUGCUGGCAGAUCGAUCUCGAUGAACGCCCCGCCUUUCAGGAACUUGUUGAAGUUCUUCAACAAGCAUUUAACCAAGCACUUGACUAUUUGAGUUUUAAUCUCUAUCCCGAGUUUACUUACGAAAGGUACGACCCGACUGUGGAAGUGAAUCGAUAAUUGACGCUGUUUGCAUGACUAAAAUUAGCUUUUCGAAAGAUUGCUGGUUUUAUUUCUGUGACUAAGUUUAAAAAACAGUUAUGACAAGUGCAAAAUUUUAAGUGAGCCGUCCAAGCGAGGGGAAGUUUAAGAGAUCCGUCCAAAAGUACAUCGCCGAAUUUCUUGUUUGGCGUUCUACGUUGUUUUCUCAAAUAACUGAAGGUUUUUAAAUUAGGUCUUUACGAAAAUGUUGUGCAGUCUUCGUUUGUAUUUUUACGAAAUACACUGAUUUUAUAUGA